UGAUGCCACUACACGAUUAAUAUUACAACUUGGAUACAAUUUGUAUUACUAUUAAGACAGUAUUACUCACGUGCCUGAAAUCGUUCAUUCUCCUGCUUGUCUGAGAUUUGUUAUAUUACCCACAAAGCGAUUACGGGAUAAUUCAAUCAGAUGAGGGGUAUUUAGGGAUGAUUAUCCCGUUGGCUUGCCCGUGCUGUCUGAGUCGGACGGAAUAAAUAGCAUAAUCAUAAUUACGCGGACUGCCCAUUGGAGGAGUGCGCGGCGCCUCGCGACAUAAAAGUGGUGUGCAGCAGAGAUCACAGCGCGCACACGGGAGAGGACGCGGCGGAGAGAGCGCAACACGGACGCGUCUUUGCGCACAGAUAUGCGCGACAAAGUGCAGGCUGACUUUUUUAAGUGAGCGAUUCCAUACGUGUCACGCGCUUUCCUUUAAACUUUGGUCACUUUGCAAUUACCAAGCGCAGUUGUCUUGGUCCGAAUUAGGUUUGUAUCCGGUUGUUCGGUAAAGCGACUUUCGGUCUUCAACCGCAAAAAAAUGGAUGCUUUAUUUAACUCCACCAACGCGCCAAAUUGGAACACGGGCUCCAACGACACCAGUAAUGGGACCGCGGAGUGGAACCAGUUUGUCCAGCCGGCCUGGAGGAUCGUGCUCUGGGCCAUCGCGUACAGCUGUAUAGUGAUCGUGUCCGUGGUGGGAAAUCUCACAGUGAUCUGGAUUAUCAUGGCGCACAAACGCAUGAGGACCGUCACCAAUUAUUUCCUGCUGAACCUGGCGUUCGCCGAAGCCUCCAUGUCCGCCUUCAACACGGUGAUCAACUUCACGUACGCGGUGCACAACGAGUGGUACUUCGGACUGGUCUACUGCCGCUUCCACAACUUCUUUCCCAUCGCAGCUGUCUUCGCCAGCAUCUACUCCAUGACCGCAAUCGCCCUGGACAGGUACAUGGCCAUCAUCCACCCUCUGCAGCAGCGCAUGUCCUCCACUGAGACCAAGGUGGUGGUUGGCGUGAUCUGGGCGCUGGCUCUGCUCCUGGCGUUCCCCCAGUACUACUACUCCGACAUUGACAAGCAGCCCAGCCGGGUGGUGUGCUUCAUCGACUGGCCCGAAUACACCGUGUGCGACUUCAAAAAGAUGUACUACGUGUGCGUGACCAUCCUGAUCUAUUUCCUUCCUCUGCUGGUGAUGGGAUGUGCUUAUCUGGUGGUCGGACUCACUCUCUGGGCCAGCGAAAUCCCCGGAGACUCUUCCGACCGCUACAAGGAGCAGCUCACGGCCAAACGCAAGGUGGUGAAGAUGAUGAUCGUGGUGGUGUGUACGUUUGCCGUCUGCUGGCUGCCCUACCACGUCUUCUUCCUGCUGAAUCAGGCCUUUCCCAUCUUGUUUGAAGAAAGGUUCAUCCAGCAGGUUUACCUGGCCAUCAUGUGGCUGGCCAUGAGCUCCACCAUGUACAACCCCAUCAUCUAUUGCUGCCUCAACGACAGGUUUCGGGCUGGUUUCAAACAAGCCUUCAGCUUCUGCCCGUGCGUCCCCCGAGGCUCGUACGAAGGCCUGGAACUCAAGUCCACCCGCUACCUCCAGACCCAGACAAGUGUCUACAAGACCAGCCGGAUGGAGACCACCGUGUCCACCGUCCUCCAGGUCGGCGGGGACCACGAGCAGCCCAAGGUCAGGGCGGCCCCGGCGGCCCGGCAGCCCGGUGGGGCCUCCGCCGGAGCCGGACCGCACAGCUCCUCCGCGGACCUCACCUCCAACGAGUCGUCGUCGCGGAGCAUCUCCAAAACUGUAUCGGAGACGUCUAGUUUCUACUCGAGCAACAACCUGCACGAAUAGACCCUCAAACGCAGCCGGACCCGCGUGGCGGCAGGGACAGGGAGCGGGUGGGUUGUUGCCGUAGUUGUUGCUUUUCCCCGUCACUGAUUGGCUGUUUUGUUGAUGAGAACAUUCCCAGUGAUUUUACUGUGUGUCGGCGCCGCUGUCACCGAGAACCGCCAGGCCGUGUACAAAGGAUUCGUGCUGCUCACUGUAAAUGAUCAUCUUGCCGUUAGAAGCGUUUCGCUCGCUGCCGCAAAAGAGCGACAAAGAGCACAUUCCAGUUUGAAUAGCUGAACUGACACAGACGCUAGCACCUCCGGCCUUCAGCGCCUCUGCUUGUCACACCAGCCUCCACAGAGCAGAGCGAAGGUUCACACAUCUUCAACUGCACAUGCUGCGUGACUUUGUGUCUAUUUCGGAGCGGAGCUGUGACACGAGGGCAGUAUGCUGUGAACGCUCCUCCGCCUGCUCCGUUUUAACCAAGGCUUUCUCUCUCCGUGGAGACCUCGAAGUCGCUCAUGUUAUCGAGGGAAAGGUACAGAUUGAGAAGAGGAAGAAAAACAACAACGAAAAGGAUCUUCAAACUCUGCAUGUGGGAGUUUGUGAAUGCUGACACGUGCUUGUCAUCUGACCCGGAUGGCAUGUCUGUCUCCCAGAGCGGGACUUCCCGAGCAAUCCACAGUGCAAUCUGACCGGCCAUCUGGCUGAAGGACCGAAAAGAAAAAAAGUUCAACCGAGGACCUGAAACGCCCCGAACGACCUGAAGCUGUCACCACAUUUCUAAAACGUAAAGGAGCUCGUGUUUUUGUUUCGUGAAACCCGCUGAACCCGAGCAACUCCGGUGUUGUGCUCAGAGACCGAUCGGCGAACGGGAGCAGAUGAAAUGUUCAAGUUUCCCACAGAAUCAAUACAGUUUCACCGCCAUGAGCGUUGCCUCCGCUCCCUCCCUGCGUUACCAGCUUCACCUCAAUAAGACACACGACGCUGAGUCAUGAUCUGAUUUCAACACUCUCAAACUGGGAGGUGUUCGUGUAACGCUCAUUAGCCGCUCCACCCUCCCACCUGCAGAAACAUGCACUCUGCGUCUUAAUGAGGCUGGUUUACAUUUUAUCGUCAUCUGUUGUGUGCUUUUUGUCUUGGUAUUUGUUCAUGUGACCGGCGGUCAGCGGUGACCCCCUUUACGGGGGGAUCGGAGGUUUUCGCCUCUCUCAAGUAUUCGUGUUUCACAUGCGGUCGCUGCGUCAAAAUGUAAUCCAGUCAUUCAACAUGUGUGUUUAGUGUCGGGCCUAAAGGGCCGUGUGGUUGUGCACGUAUAGCUCUGCCGCGUGCAGCGGCGCAGCACGCUGUCUGUAAAAGGAGAGAGAUGCCGCUCGUUCUGCAGGGGUCCGUGAAAAGGUCAGUUAGCUAACGGGGGGCUACGGAAGCCAAAUAGGACAAACUCUCUUAACCUCUUACAAUGGAAAACACGCACAGGCAUGCAUACACAUCAGCACACACAAGCGAUCAUACAGCUACAAGUUUGUCUCUGUACUAGUGGCCUAUUGAUAUAUUAGUUUCAACUCAUAUUAUGAUGAACACUUCAGGAUUUCAUGCAUACUUUGUAACUGUUUAAUGGAGACCAGAAUAGUUUCACUACAAAUAUCCUUGAGUGAUAAUUACAAAAUGAUCAAGAUUUAAAUCCUGUUCACCAAAACAAGCACUAAGUCAUCUAGUAAGUUAACGUUACUCCUAAGUGGCUCGGCAAAGACGCUUUUAUUUCUCCUCCUUUGAGAAAAACAUGUUAGCUAAAUUACUGGGGCUGUAACGCCAAAAGUAAAGGAUAAAAAUCCAACUUUCCCGUCCAGUUCAAUAAAAGGUUCAGCUGCAGCGUUCUAAAAUCUAAUUUAAUUCAGUUUGUCCCAUAUACUUUUACAUCUGAUGAAGGCAGACAUUUUAAUUUUUUUGUUAGUUUUUAGUUAAACCUCCUCAAGUGUAAAUUAAAGUUCCUGUGCAAAUUAAUUUACAGUAAAAAGUAAGCCGUCGUUUACAGAGAGGUUUGAAUUAGCUAGUUCUAAAAAAUGUAAUUUAUGCUUGUUUGUGCAAACCUCUUAACUAUAAAGUCACAUUUUUCUUUCUUGAAGUUAUAUUUAUUCAACUUAAAGCUAGACAUAGCUUUUAGUUUUGUGUGCUAGUACACACACACACACACACACACACACACACACUCGCAACCAGAGAGGGAUCACCUGUUGUCACCCAUCAUUCUACUUUCACACACACAAACACACAGCGCAGUUGCUCCCUGACCUCUGGUCUAUUCUCAGCACACAAAAGCUGUUGUUACACAUUCCAAUGUCAGCUGACGUGAAGCUGAGGAUUAGAUGAGAAGCAUCGUGUCUUUAUUUGAAUGCAAGGAGGUCAGUUCGGUGAUGAGGACAUCAAGAGCGUUGGUGCUGCAUGACAACGCGUGAACACACGCUACAUUUAAGCAAUAAGGUACGAGGCUGUGUUUUAUUGGACGAUAAUGUAACAGUUUGGGGGUGUUGUUAGGCCCCCCCGUGCGUACUGCCUCAAGUACCUUAUUGCUUUUUAAUACAUUUUAAAUAGUCACUAAAUAGCUGCCUUUCAGCACAAAAUAGUGUUAGCCACCCAACGUGUAUCGCAUUUCAAAAGUUUAGAAAAAAAUAGUCCCCGUACGUGCAUGUAAAUAAAGAUCUCGCCCAUGACGUCCACCUUAAUUGUCCGCUCCGCGUCGGGCCUAACAACGCCCCCGAACUGUUACAUUAUUGGACGAUAAAGUACAGCCUCUCGUACCUUUAUUGCUUUAAUAAUGCACAGCCCGUGACUCACUCCCAACCAAUCAGAACGCUGGAUUUCAUCUACCCGUAUUAUAAUGAUGAUGAUAGCGUGGGAAUUCCUGUUUAUAGGGAAGAAUACCGUAUGCUUUAUUUUUAGCACCAUCACGUUAUAUCGGCGGAUCAGUGUGAUACAACCAGCUAAAGGCCAAUAUCCUUCAUUAUUAUUCAGUGUUGUAUGAGCUUGAAAACUUGAAAACUCAGCUAAAUUACCCCCAUUUGAUUGCCCUGGCAACAUGCAAAAACAACUCUCAUCAGACUCUGAUUCAAGUCCCGUGGUGCUAAAUUCUGAUUGGUGAACAGAAUGGUAGAAAAAAAAAAAUACAGAAACCAACUGAACCGUUGAUUGAUUUAAAUGGAUGCAAAACAGAAGCUGCGGCUUUAUCUGGUAACAGCAGUGACACACUGUCACUUGACCUUCAAGUAAUUCCGCUGCUUUGCUUUUUUGGGCCUAAGCAUCAAAAGAUGCCAAUCUGCCUCAGAUUAUAACUACAUGAGCAUCUGCAAAGGCAGCAGAGCUUCUCAGCAUAAUUACAAGUCCACCACCGAGGCACAAAGAGAGUCAGCUCUGACAGAACGACAGCAUUGUGCUUGAUGUUAUUAGAACAUAGUUAUUUGAUUACGGUAUGAAAAAGAUGCCUCCUGCCCUUAUUGGAUGAUGUCAGUGAGCUGAAUAGAGUGUUCCUUGCCUUGAAGUAAAUUAGCUCAUACAAUAAGUCAAAAAAGUAGUUUGUGUGCUUACAUAGACUAAUUAUUAGAGCCGAUCUACAUUCAAUAUUUUGAUCAAUAUACUUGCCGACUAUUACGUAGCAUCCAUGACCCUGCAUGCUGCGAUGGCGCUGAUGAGGAAGUUGUGCUAAUUUAGCCUUAAGCCUUACAAACCAAUCUGAACAGAGUCAUAACUAAGACACAGCAUUUUAAAUCUGACCUUUCGACUUAAUCUUGUGGCGCCUGUGGAUGUAAACGGUGAAGCAACCAAAGUCGUCCACGCGACAGAGCGGAAAGCUGUGGGUGCAAUAAAAUGACUUAAUUCUCCUCCAUAUAUUCACCGUAGCCAAAUAACUACGCAAGAACAUAAAGAUCUCUGACGCCUGUGAUUAAAUGUUCCUCGUAGUUCCUUUAGUAUUCAGUGCUGUAAUCGAUAGUAGUUCCUCAAAAAGAUAUAUAUGUGAGUGUGUGUGUGUGUGUGUGUGUGUGUGUGUGUGUUGUGUGUGUGUGUGUGUGUGUGUGUGUGUGUCUGUCCGUGUCUGUGUAGAGCACUAGUUUAAAGAAGGAGGAUGUAAUUGAGUCAAACAAAUCAACCUUGCUAUUGCAUUUGAAUCUCAAAGAAGCCCUUCCAAUUUAACUACAAUUAAAAAUGACAGACCUCAUAUGACAUAACAUCCGUGGUAUCCAUUAUAAUGUAUAAUAAUGUAAUCCAUUAUUAUAGUAUAAGGUGAGACAAACACAGGCGUGGAGUAAAAGCUAAGCUACCUCAUCGUCUUUUCCUUUAGUUAUAUUUCAUCAUAUUGUUCAUCAGAGUGUGUCCCUCUCAUCCUACCCCCACUUGGACAAGUCAAGUGGAUCAGGCCGAGCAGAACCUGUGGCUUUAAUGAACGUGUAAUCAACUUUGUUCGAGCGCUCUUCAAACGAGCCCGCGGUCUCUCUCUCUCUCUCUCUCUAUCUCUCUCUCUCUCUCUCUCUCUCUCUCUCUCUCCACCGCACACACACACGAUGGUGAGAGUGAUGCAGGCGGAAGAUGCCAGCUCGUUGCUGAGGAGAGGCGCCAGGCAGGCUGCACAGCAGGGUGAAUGGCCUCAUCAGCACCAUCUCUUCCUGUGUUUGGAUCCAUCUCUCGCUCUCCAAUCACGCUAAUUGCGACAUUGAAGUGGAGAGGGCAACCAGCCGAACGCACGCACGCAAGUGUUCUUUGCACACAGGCCCAUAUAUUUGGCAGCGUGGGUCUCGCCAUUAAAGGGUGUGAAAUAUAUACAGGUCACAGCGUCAGCGCCGUGAGUUGCAUACACAAUUCUGUGUGUGUGUGUUUGUGUGCAUGGGUGACCUGAGUAGUGUCCGUCAUUCAGUGUCCUUACAUUCACCGGAGCGCUACUCACCGUGCACUUCUUUGAGAAAGUAAAUGUUAUUUGUAGGAAUAUGUACACAUGCGGGUUAGUAGCAAGGAUCCUUUGCGGUAGUUUCUUAGGAGAAAUUCUCUUUGCCGGGUCAGAACAUCUGCACCCUGGCAGCGAAAACUCACUUAACUGCAGUGAAGAACAGCCUGUGCAAUGUACUAUCAAUGUAAAGAUUACUCAGUAAUGUUGCUUUGUGAAAUAAUAGCUACUCUGGUUUUCCUCCUCUAGCACUAAUUCCAACCUUUUUCCGUAGUCUAUUCUGUGAAUCUACUAAGCUUGUGAAUGUGAUGUUUGGAUUAUGAAGUCACUUUCGGUAUUGUGUCGUAAAAUGAAUUUACCUGUGGAGAGAAUUUGUACAGAACAACAGCACGUGGGAGUGUGUGUCCUUCUAAAAGAAAUAAAGAGAAAUCUUGCGUUACUAGUGCCUGUUGGACAUGUUCCUCUCUCUCACUUGCCAUGUAGCUGUAUUGAUAUUUAUAUCCUAAAUGUAGUCACAAGGUUGAGAGUAAAGUUGUAACUUUACUCUAAAGACCUGGACAUUUUUGUUUGGGCUUUUUUCUCCUGUGCAUUCAAUUAAAACAGUUUAAGCCUCUGAAUAUUCAAUAUUCUUACUGUUAAUAAAUCCAAAGCAUACAAUGCCAGCAUUUCAUUCUAAUGAGCUCGUCAGGAGCCGGGUGGGUCUUGAUCUGCAGUUGAAUGUAGUGCCCAACAAAUGCAUUAUUUACUCCUGCUUGAAUAACGUUGGCUUAAAGUCACUUGUGUUAAAAAGAAGCCAGUUGUAUUUAAAUAAAUACGCUGCUCGCUGACUGACUCUCAGGUCAAGGCAGAACGUUUUGCGAGAAUUUAUAUUUGUUGACAAUGAGAAAGUAAUAUUUCACGGCCGUAAUUAUUGUAGAUGGGUGAGAAAUAUAUAUCUGAAAUAGUUGUUAUCAGACACAGCCGUGUUUGCCAGUUCUUUUGUGAUUUAUCCGUUUUGCUUGUUUCUGUCAAAAUAAAAUUUAGGUACAGAUCAUCUUUAAUGUCAAUCCUGGUUUUGAUAUUUGAAAAGAAAGAAGAAAGAGAGUUUAUCUUGUGUAUCUUCUCACUGCUGUGAGUUGGCUGUGUGUGUCUGUUAGCACUGCUCAUGUUAAUGACUAUUUGUGGUGUCACAUGAACUGUACGCUUGGUGUUUUUAUCUGUGAUCGCUGACAAAAUCUGGGUAUCGAUUGUAAUGUCUUCUAUUAAAGAUCAUUGCAGUAUUCAUUUCUAA